CAUAUCGGGCGCAAAUGGUUUCACACUACCAAGUCAUAGCCCAAUCUAUCUCUGUCCCAAGAUUCUCUCUCUCUCUCGUCUCUCUCCAUCAUUCACACAGCUUAAUCUCAAACCGCCCAACUCCCCCCCACCCCCCGGCGCCAACUCCAGCCCAAAUGCUGAUCCGACGCUCGCUUCUGAACCAAACCCACCUCCACCACCACCUCCGUCGCAUCUCCACCGCCGCACUUCUCGAAGAACCGACCCCCACUUUCGACCCCACCCAGCAACUCACCUACCUCGACAACCUCCCAAGACCUGACCCCAAGUACGAUGAGAUCAUUCACGCUAUUCCACGCUCUAUCUCUGGUAAGAAUAUCUCGUCCAAGGAGCGUAAAGCCGGCCGCGUGCCCAGUAUUGUUUUUGAGCAAGAGGAUGGCCAGUACGGCGGCAAUAAACGACUUAUUUCGGUACAAACUAAUCAGAUAAAGAAGCUCGUGAAUCAUAUGGGCCAAUCUUUCUUUCUUUCCAGGCUUUUUAAUCUGGAGGUCCGGCCUGAGUUUCAGUCCGAUGAGCUCAUUGAGAAAGUCCGGGUCUUGCCGAGAAAGCUUCAUCUACAUGCAGGCACGGAUGCGGUGCUUAAUAUUACCUUCAUAAGAGCUCCAUCUAGUGCCUUAUUAAAAAUCGAUGUUCCCCUUGUGUUUAGAGGAGAUGAUAUAUCUCCUGGGUUGAAAAAAGGGUCGUAUUUGAACAUCAUCAAGAGAACCGUUAAGUUCCUUUGCCCUCCUGAUGUUAUUCCUCCCUAUAUUGAUGUUGAUUUGAGCGAGUUAGAUGUCGGCCAGAAGAUAGUGAUGGGGGACCUUAAAGUUCAUCCAGCUCUGAAGCUGCUAAAACCUACGGAUGAACCAGUUUGCAAGAUUGCAGGUGCAAGGGUUUCUGAACAAAGGAAAUCCAAAUAAAUGCACUGCAUUCGGCCAAGAUUUUCUUCAGUAGAUUUUUUAUUUUAUAUUUUUUUUUAAGUUACAAAAUUGACGAUCAUGGUUCUAUGCCUUGUUGAGUUGCCAUAAUUUUUCCAUUUUAUUAUUUACUAAAGUUGUUUUACCUUACUAGAGAAAUCGCCAUUUGGAAGAAUUUUUUUCCUUAUUUCAUUGCUAGAGACGGGAAGUGAUUAGGUUUGGGUGCCUUUGUUAAA